UCAGUGCACUUCGUGGUGUUCCAGGGUGUGGCGGAGUAUAUUGGCUAGUGCGCUGGCGGUUCAGUGUGGUGAUCCCUUGCUUUUCGAAUGUGUCUUACUAUGCCGUCAAAGGAAAGAGCCUCGCUGUAGUUUUCAUCAUGGUAAAGACGUGAUGAUAUCUACUUCUUAGUGCACAAGAAAAGAAGCGAGAUUAGUAACACAUUAAGUAAAGCAAGAGUUAAUGAAGUGGGAAGCAGUGAACAUGAACUGACUCAGGCUUCCUUUUCACACACGAGACUGGUACAUGCAUACGUGACUAGCAGUUCUCUUGUCAUAGUGACUUACUUAGACCGCGGCCCUUAAGUUCCUACACAAUUUCCAAAUUAUAGUUGGAUACCCAUGCAAGGAGAAAUGUCCUAGCCAGAUGCCCGCAUUUGCUCUGGAAAGACAGUCUUGGUGGAGCUGCAACUUUGAAGAUUACAACUCACUCCAGCCUCCUGUCAACACCACCCUCUAUAUCAAUUUACCCAUUGCAUCUGCAACUGUUCUCUCCCAAUUUCCAUAAGCAAAUUUCCCGUCUCUGUGUCGUGUGUAGCGAAGUAUUUCCACAAGCGCCAGUACAGAGUGACUUGCGAGGUAAGAAGGGAGGGCACUUCUGUGGCGCCUCCCACGAUGCAUUCUCAAGUUACUCCGGGCAGCCUCGCCGUCAGUACAAUAGAAGAUAUUACUGCUCCCAGGAGAUACAGUACAGAAUCUCUUUGUCUCGAUGCUGCUCAACUACUCUAUAACUCGGCCGCUGCUCCUUCAUGUGCUAUUUCAAAUCGUCUGACCCCCGCGGCAACUUCCUCAGAUUCGCAACAAUACUUCGACUUCAGCACGUCAGGCACCACUACAGGGGCCAACAACUGCACUGAUGUUUCCCUUGACACCUUAUCACCGCCCCAGAGCAGUAAUCUCUGGACCAGCAAGAGCUUGAGCAAGUGCAACACCAACAGUCGAGGCAGCCUGACCUCCAAGGGCAAGGGUGUGUGCUGUGGCCGCCGCCGCCUUAUAGACGAGGAGGGCUUCAUCAGGAGGGCCGCGUGUGUGUGUGUCAAUAAGGACGAAUCUCAGGUGCUUCUGGUGACAAGCAAGAAGGACCCCUGCGUGUGGCUGGUGCCUGGCGGGGGACUGGAGGUGGGAGAGGAGGCCAUCGUCGCCGCCCAGCGCGAGGCCUGGGAGGAGGCUGGCAUCCAAGGCGUCGUGAAACGUUUUCUGGGACUGUUUGAGUCCUGCCACCACUCCGGGACCAAGAAGCACCGCACUGCCGUCUUCGUCUUCAUGGUCAGCAAGGAGCACAAGGACUUCCCCGAGGCCAGACUGGGUCGACGAAGACGAUGGUUCAGCUUGGAGGAGGCACUGCUACUGCUGGCCCGCCACCGACCACUACAGAGUGCAUAUCUCCAGCUGCUCAUGAUGUCCAAACUCAAGAUGACGGGAUCAUCCUAGGGGCUGCUGACUAUCGGGAUAGGAAGGGGCUGGGUAGGACAAAGAGGGAUGUACGAGUACACUUCCAAGGUGUUAGAAGGAAGUACGUGUAGUCAGUCAGCCUAUUGAUGAGAACUGUGAUAAUGUUGACUACCCGCCUUCAGUUGUCCUCAUCUCGUGACAUAAGUUCCUAAGAUGUAACUUUCUUAAUUCUGGAGCAAUAAUAAUGACCUACACUCUCCCUGUAACAACUAAGUCAUAUCAUUGUUAAUGACAUCAUUGCAGAAUCAAUCACUCUACUAGAAAUAUGUAACUGAGAUUUUGUACACCGAUACAUUUUUUUAUUGGUGUUGGAGGAAACUUUUUCAAGGCUCCCUAGUCCCCACAUUGCCCUCGCCUUCCUACAGACUACUACCAACGGAAGGAAGGCCGUGUGGUGUACUGAUAUGAUAUUUUUCUACACUCUAGAGUAGCCGUAAAGAAUGCAUUGUAUAUAUUUGCUAGAUAACGAGUGGUCUUGUUUGAUACGGAAUGUUCUUGUAAUUUUCUCAUAAAUUGUAGGUACGUCAGACAAAUCUGUUGAGUUCAAAAUAAAUACUAGUGGAAAGAGAAAGCAGGCUUCCUCUCUACUGAUAUCAUGAACGUGUGUGUGUGUGUGUGUGUGUGUGUGUGUGUGUGUGUGUGUGUGUGUGUGUAUGAGAGAGAGAGAGAGAGAGAGAGAGAGAGAGAGAGAGAGAGAGAGAGAGAGAGAGAGAGAGAAUUUACAAGACUUGUAUUGGUGCUUAUUUUUGUAGAAUGAGAAGAAUGCACGAAGUAUGUAUUGUGUUACUACUGAAGUGAAGAUUUAAAGCCUCCCAUAGCCCCUCUGAACUUUGACGAAGCGCAGAACAUAUGUAGAGAUCAAUGAUAGCAACAGGGAGGGAAGGGGCUGUCUUUUAUCUCCAUAUUUCAUCAUGGGCAUUUGUCUCUUGUGAAUAGACGAGAUGGGAGAGCUGUGAUACCAGUCCUUCCCUCCCUCGAUAUCUUCCCUUAUGUAUCUUCCCGAUGGCUCAAGGUAACAGUAGCAGUUCCGGCAGCGCUCCGGGAUGUCUCAGAAUCUUGCGAAGGUAUGAUGAAACUCCUACCUUAUGUCAGAGAUUGUCAGCAUUAAAAUAUUUUAUCUUAAAAGAAA